ACAAUAUGGCGGAGCGGGCACCUGCCAAGGAGCGAUAGGGCCUCAGGAAACAAGUUGACACCAUUAUUUACAGACGAGUAUCAAGACUUCACAAUGGGAGCAGGUCAGUCACAUGAUCAGCUGAUGCCAGAAGAGAGGAGGCUAAGACAGGACCCAGAAAAAAUUGCAAGAAUUGCACAGUAUCUCUCUGCUAGACAAGGAACUCAAAAAUGCUUGGUUAAUACUGAAGAAGAAUUCAGUCAGCAUGAACAAGAUAAGCAAAGUAUGAAGAUUUUGAAAGGCAUUUACAAGAGGCUGGACCCGACUAUCAUGAAAUCUACAUUUGAUGUGAAUGGUGAAGUACAGCUGUCCUUCAAGUAUGACUUCAAUCGUGACCUUCUGUUGGUCAAGGUCAUCCGGUGCAGAGAGCUGCGGAACCGGGACGUCAGAUCCAAAGCUUCCGAUCCUUAUAUCAGACUGGCAAUAAUCCCUGACAGUCGUGGACAGGGAGCCAAGACCACUCAGAUUGUUGUGGAGACAAAUGAACCUGUGUUCAACGAGAUAUUUGCCUUCACCAAGACUGAGCUUGAGCUGCUGGAUUCCAAGUUGAUUGUGCAGGUCUGGGACUACGACGUGUCCAACCGAGAUGACUUCCUCGGGGAGGUGAUCAUUGACAUGACAACAUUCAACUUCAAGGAGGAACCAGUGCACACAGCCUGGUAUACACUGAAAAUGGAGACUGACCUAAGCAUCAGUGGUGAGAUGGACAUCAGUAUGGCGUUCCAGGCUCCGGACAACCUGUAAGUGACGGUUCACGGGGCAACGAACCUCUCCCCCCGUGAUGACAGCACCCUCGCUGAACCUUUCCUUAAAGUCAGUGUUCCUGGUGUGGGGAUGGUCUGCAAAUCAGAGGUGCAAAAAAAUACCCUGAAUCCAGUAUGGGAGGAAACCUUUCACUUCCAAGUACCAUAUGAAGAACUUUCAUUCAGGUAUGUUGUGUUCCAUGUGAUUGACGAGAGCCAGCAGGAAGGUAACGAAUCCCUGGGACAAGUUGUCAUUGACCUUGACCUCCUUGAUCCAGACCGAGGCUACCAUGGGACACACAAGCUUGCAGAUCUGAAAAACAGUGAGCGUAUCCGGAACAAGUGGUCCCAGAGUGCAACUGCCCAGGAGUUCCGCGAAUCCUUCCAGGCACACGCCUCCAUUCGACACCCCAACUUCCUGUUCCAACAACAGUCCGGGAAAAAGGUGAUCAGCGUCAGCUGUCGUAAAGCUCGGAGUCACGCCAAGAUUAGGAUAGUUGAUGGCAUCACUGUCAACUAAAUGACUUAAUUGCAGCCCUAAACAGAUUCAACUUCAAUUCUGUAUUUGGUUGAUGGAAAGGAGAUAAUAGCAUUAAUUUCAAACCAAUAACCAUAACAGCAUUAUGUUUCAAAUUAAUGUUUACACACUCAUAUUUGAACAGUGGAUGCAUCUAUGUUCAUAUUCCAAAACUGUUGGUCAUUAUGUGGUGAUUCCUUAUGAUUAAUGGUGUUUGAUACAUUCUUUGUUUUUCAUCCAGUGGAGAUGGAUGGUUUUAAUAACAUAUUUAUUUAUUUUGACCUGUAUACAGUGUAUACAUGAGGGAUAUGGUGUUUACAUGCAAGCACUCUGUGAUAAAUACAAACAUUUCAGGAGGUGGGAAUUCAUAUUUGACAUCACCUGAUACGCCAGUUGUACUGCUGAUCCAUGGUAAACUUUCUUUUAUACCUGCUGACCCAAACAACUGGUCUAACUCUUAUCUGGGGAAAAUGCUGAGAAAAUAUAUUGCUGAAUAAAGACUCAUGGCCCUUUGAAGUGAAGACACCAGGUGUUCUUUAUGAAUAGUUAAAUGUGAAGAACAUCAUUUAGAGAAGUUGGUCAAAGGGACCGUACAUCAUUUAUGGCUUGGGGUGUGUGAUGAUGAUUUUUAUGGAGAAGCAUGUACAAUGUGAUUGACCCCCACUAAAGUUUUUGUACAAAGUAAGUGCCCCCCAUGCCCCCUGAGGGUUCUACCUUGACUCACCCUCCUGUCAGGUACACAAUCAACAACCCCCCACUACAUGUGUACAAAACUGAUGACACACCCUACCUCCCCAGAACAAAAUGGGUGACCCCCCCUUAAAAUCAUCAUAUCUCUCACUCACACACACACUCUCACUCACACAGAGAGAGAGAGAGAGAGUUAUAAAUUAUGAAUGGUCCCUAAAGUCAUAUUUAAGAUAUUUAACUUUCUGUCUACAAGACACUAGAAAAAUCAAUUUGACUGACACCAGCUGCUGAUAUCAAACUAACAAGCCUUAUGAUGUUAUCAUACAUUCUUCCUUGUGGUGAACUUACUGUUGAUUGGCUCCCUUGUGCUUUGAAGAUUUGCAUCCCUCCAACCAGGCAGAAACCUAUGAUCACAGGUUCGAAUCUUGCUUUGCCUCAUUGUGUCUCCUGGUUUGUACAGCACUAUACCCAUGCUGAUGGGAUUUACAAUAGUGGUCAAAGUUGACUUCAUGAGUUCACACUAUUCUUUCACAUCAUAGAAAUAUUGUUAAAAGAACCAUCAAAGCCAACUCACUCACUCACUUUAGUAUGGAUCUGUUUAGAUCAUUACAAGUUUUUUUAAGUUUCUCUCAACACUCAAAGACAAGAUAAGUAUUACUUUGAAUUUCAUUUGAGGUCAGAGUACAUAACAUGUAUUUGGUGCAGUUAAUUGCAGUUUUGCAAAAUUGACCAUUUUAAGUUUAAACAUAGGUGUCCAUUUGUUAUCUUUGCUACUUAACUAACUGUUUAGAAUUGCUCUGCAAUGGUUGUCUUAGAAUUGUUAUGCUUAUAAAAAUUACAAAUGUACCUGUAAAUCAGUUUGUCAAGGGCAGGACCCUUCAUACCUGAAACUAUUGUUCAUUCUUAAAAUGUUGUGGGUUACAUAUGCUGGUUAGUGUCAGUACUUUAACACAGUUGUGAUAUAUGUACAAUGUACUUGUCAGUUUGAAUGAAAAGCAUUUGUUGUCAUAAGAUAUUCAUUCAUUACAAAGAUUCAUCAAUUUACAGAUGUUUUUACAUUUAAUUAUAGUUCAUGUUACUUUUAUAAAAAAUAGUAACAUUAUAUUUACCAAUAUAUAUUACAAAUGAAAAAUAUUCUCAUUAAUACACUUAUUUUCAUUUGUUGCAUGUGUUUUUAGAUAUCUUUGGUAUGUAUGCAAAAUAUGUUUCUAAUCAAAACAAAUGCAUUUCUUUUUGUUAAAUCUUUCAACAUUUACAUCCGUCCAAAAUGUACUUUUAUACUGAAUAAAUGCUUGUUUUAUUUA